AUGAUUUCUAAUCGAUUUCGUUCAUUGUUAUUAUUAAACAAAACAUAUUCUUAUUCUAAACGAUGGACUAUUUCAACAGCUACUAAACUUUCUGAUACGGAUAUUCGUAUAAGUAAAAAACCAAUAAAAAAAUCUAUGUAUGCAUAUAAACGUUCACAAACAACAUAUUAUGAUUGGAUAGAAGCUGUUAAUCGUGUUGAACUUAAUCAUACUAAUUUUCAUCGUCCAUUAAUUAUUCGAUCAUCAGUUAGACAAAUUCUUCGUUAUAUGCAUGAUGGUUAUAUUGAUAACGAACAAUGGACAGCAUUUCGUGAUUAUCUUGUUAAAAAAGAUAUUGGUGUAUCACGUUUAUUUGAUGGCAUAUUCCUUCAUGAAUGUAUUGGUUAUCAACGUUUUUUAAUGGCUUUAUCAUAUAUUAGUUAUUUACAAUCGGAAAAUAUUUCAUUAACACCAACAAGUUUAGCUAUGUUACUUUUAUUAGCACGUGAAAUUGAUAUUCGAAAAGAUUUUAGUGAGUAUCGUUUAAAUGAACAAAUUUUAUUAAAUGCUUAUCAAGAAUUUUUAUCACAUAAUAUUCUUCCUGAUUCAAUGCUUGCUUUACCAAUUAUAGCUGGUUUAACAUUAACAUCACAAUGGAAAGAAGCAUUAAAAUAUUUACCUAUACUUGAUAAUGAUCUUGAUGGUAUGCAACAAGCAUUAGGUUUUGUUUUAACAGCAGCAGCAAAAUUUCAUGAUUAUACAUUUUUCUUUUCACUUCUUGAUACGAUUUCACAAACAGAAUCAAUUCGUUUAACGGAAGAACGUCAACGAAUACGAUUAAUUAGUGAUAGUGAUAGAAUAGCUUUAGAUAAUAAACAAAAAGUUACACUUGAUCAAAAACUUAAACGACCAAUAGCACCAUCAAGAAUUAAAGAAAGUGAUUAUUAUUUAAUAGCAAAAACAUCACAAACUUAUGAAACAUUUACAGAUUAUUUAACUGGAGAAAAAACGAAACAAAUUGAAACUUUAAUUAAAUUACUGGAGAAAACUGCAAGUAAUGGUUAUAUACCACCAAUAUCAUUUAUAAAAGCAUUAGAAAGAAAAUUAAAUGAACUUGAUUCAACUCGAUUUAAAUGUGAAUACAUUCAGUUUUAUCCAAAUGGUACGUCUCUUGAUAAUAAAUCAGUAUUACCUUCUAUGGAACCAACUGAUCAAGAAUGUCAAAUUAUACAUUCAUUUGUUCGAGAUAAUUUUCAAUCAUUACUAGAAUCUAAUUGUCCGAAACUUGCAGAAGAUCCAUCUAAAUUAUUAAAUCAACUCUCUAAUCCAUUCGAUGUUCUUUUCGAUUGUCUACAUUAUCCACCACUUGAAUUAGAUUGGCGCACACGUCAUCCAUUAUAUAUUAAACGUGUUCUUUAUCAAAUAGCUGAUGAAAAAGGUAAACGAUGUUUAGUUAUCGCGAAAAUUGAUCUGGCUGAUUAUAUUGAUUCACUGCGAAUGCCUGCUGAUCUUGUAUCUGUUGUUCGUGUACCUUACGAAUCUAUUAAAAGUCCGUUACCAGUGUUAUCAACGUUAUAUCAUAAUCCAAAAACAUUACUUGCUAGUCCAAUUGAUCAACGAAUAUAUAAAACUUUAUUAGGUUUAAAUAAUACCGAUGUAUUUCAUCGUUGGAUACAAACACAUCAAUUAAUUCCAGUCACUAAACCAGAUUUAGUAUAUCUUCAAGCUCCAUGUUUAUAUGCAACACGUGUUCAUGUUAAUACUAAUGAAUGGCUGGUACCUUAUUUUGAUGGAUCACCAUUAACUGAAUCUGAAAAUGUUCAAACAUGGUUUCGUGUUCAAAUAAAUAAUAAUUAA